AUGUAUACUUCUGAAGAAGAGCUUCAGCACUUCAGUCGAUUCGAGGAAGAGCUACAAGCCAGGCCUAUGCCGUUGUCUUCCAAUGAGCUGGCAGAGCUGUACGAGGAGACAAAACCAGCUAUCAUGCAAAGUCUCGUAGACGAGGUCAACUCUAAACAGAAUCUAUGGACGGCGUCCACUGAACAAGGGAGAUUCUACGGUAGAUCCCUCGGUGAUGCUAAGAAGCUUUGCGGGACAUUCCUUAACGGGACUGAAGAGCUCGAGGAGAAGGUCUAUCCGGCGGAGGAGCUUGUUGACAUUCCAGACAGCUUCGAUGCCCGCGAUGCGUUCAAGGAGUGCAAGGACGUCAUUGGCCACGUGAGGGAUCAGUCGGCUUGUGGAAGCUGCUGGGCGUUCGGGACAGUUGAGGCAUUCAAUGCCCGAGUCUGCAUCAAAUCGGGCGGGAAGCUCAACCAACUCCUAUCCGCCGCGGAUAUGCUCGCUUGCUGCAAUAUCGGGCACUUUUGCUUAUCUUUCGGUUGUAGUGGCGGCAAUCCUAUCACAUCGUGGACUUUUCUUCACACAAAUGGUAUCGUCUCAGGUGGAGGAUUCGUUCCCGAGAAAAAUAUGAAAGCAGCCGAUGGCUGUUGGCCGUACAACUUCCCAAAAUGUGCUCAUCACCAAAAAGAAUCCGACUACAAACCUUGUGCGAAAGAAAUAUACGACACACCUUCGUGCUCGAGCAGCUGCCCCAAUGCGAAGUAUGGGACUGCUUUCGACAAGGAUCGUCACUACACUGAAAGUCUUUUCCCGAGUCGGUUCGGGAGCACAAGCAGCAUCAAGAAGGAGAUCAUGACCAAUGGGCCAACUUCAGCUGCAUUCUCUGUGUAUGAAGACUUCUUGUCCUACAAGUCAGGCGUCUACAAGCAUACAAGUGGCGGAUUCCUUGGGGGCCAUGCUGUUGAGAUCAUCGGCUGGGGUACCGAGAAGGGCGUUGAUUACUGGCUGGUUAUGAACUCCUGGAAUGAAGAGUGGGGUGACCACGGCACCUUCAAGAUAGUCCAAGGGGACUGCGGUAUAGACGAUAUGAUCCUUGCGGGGACUCCAGCCAUAAAUUGA